AUGUUGACGCUGGUGCUUUCCUUCGGUCUGCUGCAUGUGUGCGUGUCGGCGUCCGGUGGCGUUCCCGAAUCUCCCGCCCAAACGCCGGAAAUCGGCAAUGAUGCUGCUCCGGAUGAUGACGACGACACACGCAAUUAUAUGAGGCUCGAUGAAAAUGACCUGGCGCCUCCAUCGUCCACGGUGGGCGGGCACGAGAAGGGUGGGGACGGGCCGUACCGGCCGUGGCGGUUGCAUCCCAGCCCGGAACUGCUGGACGCACUGAGGGCGGCUUUGGCAGUGGAAAGUGAGGUUAUGGAGCUGCACAAUGCCAAGGGCAACAGCAGGGACGAUUCGUACGAUAUUGGCAGGACUUCCGGCGAUUGGACACUGGGCUUGCACGAUGGUGGAUUGUUUGGAUACGGCGGUGAGCGGCAGCUUCCGAAGCGAGCCCCGACCGGCUUCACCGGCAUGCGAGGACGAAGGAUUCCUUCCGGCUUUAACGGAAUGCGCGGCAAGAAGUCACUCUCACUGUUCAGCUGGAACAACCAGGCGCUUCAGGCCGACCCGAAGUCGUACAGGGAUGGCAAACGGGCCCCUUCGGGAUUUAUCGGAAUGCGUGGUAAGAAGAGCUUCGACACGUCGCUGGAUGAGCAAUGGAGUAUGGAUGACCUGAGUUUGGCCCGCCAGGCGAAGGAAUAUCCGAACUUUCUCAUCCUCGAGCCGACGUUUGGGGCCAUGAACCCGGCCCCGUUCAAGCGCGUACCCAACGGGUUUAUGGGGCUGCGUGGAAAAAAGUAGGAUGGCCGUUAGAAGAACAAGCUCUGAAGACAGCCGCGAACGAAGCAGCCCUUCUUCGUCUGCACAACGAUCUCGUCUGCCGCCUCUGCUAGCCGCCCUGGGAAUGGAAGGAACAAUACACGGCAUCACACCCACGCACACAAACACACUCUCUGGCAACAUCAUGGAACUGUAUCAAUAACCUCCUAAUUAUCGUUAAGCAUCUGCUGUUAAACAUAUCAUCACUCGGACGUCGGUGUUGGUGCAUUGGAUGUUUCCAUUGUACAGUGAAAUGCACCGUUUGGGGCUCUACGGAAAACAAGCGGGUUAAAGAAAACAAAUAAUAACCCCUUUAACACACCGACAUGGAAUAAAAACUGGCUUCUGGAAAAAU